AUGUGCGACGAGGCCGUUAAGCUGCCCUCGAUCCAAAAGCUGUUGGAAUCCAUCGACACCGGGGCCAAUUCCAGUUUUGCAGGGACAAGACUGGAUUCGCAUGCGCAGGCUGCGGUGCAGCCUGCGGGAAUUAGUGCAGGGUCGGGUCCUGCUCCUCCAACGCCCUGGAGAACGUCUCACUUGGCCGCUAGCUUGUCCCACCAGCCAUAUCCAGUGCAUAGCCAUGCCGGCCGCUCUCACCUACAGCAGCAGCAGCAGCAGCAGCAACAAGAAGGGCAAGAACUACCAGAACAACAACAACAACAACAGCCACAGCAACAGCCAUAUUCACACAACGACCUCAGCUGUAAUUCUGCCUGGAGUCUAGUGCCAUCGCCAAUCGACGCACGUCGCUUUCCAGAGCAGCACCACCAAACAAAACAUUUCGCUUACCAAGGGUCGCUGUCCGAGCACCACGACCCUCAAGGUGCCCCGGCCAAGCCCUCCACCAUCUCCCGUUCGUUGUCGCUGCCCUACACCCAUUCAAACUCUCCUCCGUCUACACCGACUUCUGCAUUGUCAGCAACUUCGUCCUCAGGCAUGUCUUCGAAUAUGUCGUCUACGCAGUCAUCUGCCCCGUCGUCCUCCAAGUCUUCAGAGGCUUCUGACACGAGCUCGUCUCCUCCACUCUCGGCGUCGAAAGCAGCUUCGCUGCAAGCACGCCGCACCAACUUGCCUAAGGAAACUGUAGAGAUUCUCAACGAGUGGCUACUCUCCCAUUUGAACUAUCCGUAUCCCUCUCCACAGGAGAAGCGCGAGCUCUUGAUCAGGACAGGCCUCAGUAAGGUUCAACUCAGCAAUUGGUUCAUCAAUGUGCGGCGCAGAAAGGUGUUCAGCAAUUACUAUCUCAUGUCUAGGUCGUCAUCGUCUCCUGCAUCCUCGUCAAUGCCGGCUUCCUUUAAUUCUGAGAGUGUGGUCAAUCCAAAUGAGAGCACUGCCUCUGAAGCAGAUCUCGAAAAACGGUUCCACACGGUCCCACUGACGAGACGCAAAAAGUUGAUCGAUAGAUUGGAAGAGUUGAGAAGAGCGUCCCAGGAAUAG